UGCAGCUUGAGAAAAGUCAGUGCUGAUUUGUCACUUGAUGAGUGAGCUUGUGUCUUUUUGAUAAUUUGUGAACUGACGUGAAGUAGGUUAUGAGUUCGUUUAAAGUUUCUUGUUGCAAAAAUUGUUACUAGUUUGUAAGUAAAAUGGGUGUUGGACUACAGGCUUUGGAGUUUACAGACUGCCUGACUGAUAGUCCAUAUUUUCGUGAGAAUCUCCAUGCUCAUGAGAAGGAAUUGGAUAAAACUAGCCAACAGAUUAAACGGUUGAUUAAGGAGGUUAAAGAUUUGCUGAGUGCUGCUAAACAUUUGUCUCGGGCACAGCGAGCCCUGUCUGACUCUCUACAGAACUUCAGCUUCGAAUGCAUAGGGCAGACUCAGACCGAUGAUGAGGUGGUCAUCUCAAGGUCACUCGGCGAGUUUGGAAAACUGAUUGCUUGUAUCGAGGAUGAACGAGACAGAAUGUUGGAGAGAGCCUAUGACCAAAUAAUAAGCCCGUUGGAAAACUUCAGGAAAGAGCAUAUAGGGGGAGUAAAGGAUGGCAAGAAAAAAUUCGAAAAACAAACGGCAAAAUUUUGUCAAAGUCAGGAACGCUACCUAAAUCUGUCAACCAAGAAACAAGACACUGUUCUACAAGAGGCCGACGCAACAUUAGAAAUGGAACAAAGGCACUUCUGCCAAGCCAGCCUAGAAUACGUCUUCUUAUUGCAAGAGGUCCAGGAAAGGAAAAAGUUCGAAUUUGUUGAAACGCUUUUGGGGUUUAUGUUCGGUUGGUUGACGUUCUAUCACCAAGGUCACGAAGUAGCUGAAGAUUUCAAGCCUUACAUGAGAGAGCUUCAAUUCAGGAUACAAAAGAAUUUCAAUGCCACAAGAGAUAAAACUGAGUCACUUAUGAAGAAGAUGCUUGAAAUGCGGCAAAUGAAACCGGCAGAUGCUAGUAGUAUAUCAAACAAAACCUAUACCAGGGAAGGUUACCUUUUUCUAAUGGAGAAAAAAGCCUUUGGAACAACGUGGUCCAAACAGUACUGUACAUACCAAAAAGACAAGAAGGAAUUCACCAUGAUUCCCUACAAUCAGAUGACUGGCAAAUUUAAUACCCAGGAAAAAAUGAUCCUAGGAUCAUGUGUGAGAAGAAUGUCAGACUCAAUAGAGAAACGAUUCUGUUUUGAUCUCACCCCUGUCGAUAGGCCAGGAGUUGUACACACUCUGCAGGCGCUAUCGGAGGAAGACAGGAAGCUGUGGAUGGACGCCAUGGAUGGCAAAGAACCCACCUAUGGCCUGCCGGCUCCUGUCAAAGCGCAGAAAUCCGAGGACAAAGUCCUAGACGAGGCCGGCUUCAGUUUUGUUACUAAAUGUAUAGAAAUUCUAGAAAGUAGAGGUUUAGAAGAGCACGGACUGUACAGGAUAGUGGGGGUGAGUUCGAAGGUGACAAAGCUGUUGCAGAUUGGCAUGGACCGACGGAAACUGGACAAAGUGAACCUGGAUGAUCCCUGCGAGUGGGAGAGCAAGACCAUCACUUCGGCACUCAAGUGCUAUCUCAGGAGUCUCAACGAACCUCUCAUGACUUUCAGAUUCUACAACUCGUUCAUAGCUGCUGCCAAACAAGAGACAAGGUCGCAGAGAGUGAACGAUGUCCACACUCUGGUGCACAGGUUACCUCCACAGAACUUCAACAUGCUAGAUAUUAUCAUCAAACACUUGACCAAUGUUGCGGCACACAGCGACAAGAACCUGAUGAGCGUGUCCAACCUGGGCGUGUGCUUUGGCCCCACCCUGCUCAGGCCGGAGGAGGAGACUGUGGCCGCCAUCAUGGACAUCAAGUUCUACAAUGUCGUCGUCGAAAUACUCAUCGAAAACUACACCAAAAUUUUCAAAAGUGACCCAGAGCCGAGCGGGCCGGGUCCCCCGUCGGGAGAGAUGAUGACGUCACGUGAUCGGGACAUACAUUCCAAUUCCCCCACCUCUCCACCCCUCCAGUCACAUGUCAGGCACAAAUACCACAAUAUGCAGCAGACGCCGCCUCCUGUUACUCAUGCUGUGAUAAAAACCUACUACGACGGACCCCUCAGCUCGAGUCUACACAGUGUGAACUCGACCUCCUCGCAGCUGCGCGCCGAGUCCAUCUACGGCACAUCGCACCAGGCGCUACCCAUGCCCAACUACCAGGCGCACAUGACCCGCAUACCAGGCGGCUCAAUACCAGGCGCCAUUCACAACAACUCCUAUUCGACGGAUGCCAACUCCACCUUCCACCACUCCAGUCCGCUGCACCACCACAAAGCUCUUCCUAGUCCUUUCUACUAUACUACUAUGGUCACCAGUUCAGAAGUAACUGACAGCACAAGCAGUUCGAACGAGUCAGUUUCGUCGCUGUCGUCACGUGACAGGCCGCCGCAGUCGCAUCACAAUGCGUUCAACGCUGCCGCAGCCGCAGUCGCAGUCGCAAGCGUGCCGCAGAAGAGCAAGCGAGGUGCCAGUCUCGGUCUACACUAUCCGACCAGUUAUCGGCCGCCGCACGACAAUGUGAGCUUAUCAGUGACUUCGAAUUCCUACUCAAGUGGAAGAUCCAGUCCUGGAUUUUCACAGGGAAUCAGGCGAGUUCGGACAUUGUAUGCCUGCCUUGGAGAAAACGAUGGAGAACUUUCGUUUGAGCCCAAUCAAAUAAUCACAAAUGUUCGGACAUCUUUAGAACCGGGCUGGCUCGAAGGUACCCUGAAUGGUAAAACUGGUCUAGUGCCGGAGAACUAUGUGGAAGUGCUACCCUGACGAGUGUCAUAAACUCAUCAUAUCAUCAUAAACCUCAACAUAUUUAUCAUAAAAUAUCACCAUAAACCUUAUUAGUUAUCAUAAACAUCAUUAUAAACCUAAGUAAUUAUCAUAAACAUCAUCAUAGCCAUGCUAAACUAAAAACCUGGUUUUUACUAGUAGAGUUAGUUGUCGAGUAGCUGGCAUACUAAAGCCUGGUUUUCACUAGUAGAGUUGGUGGUCGAGUAACUGGAAUACUAACUCUACCGAGCUAACUUUACUCUACUUACUUGGUCGAGUAACUGUUUUCACUACAAUUGAGAAUAGUAGGUAAAGUGUGUUGUCUAGUGAACAGAUCUAACCUUAAAAUGUCAAUGAUAGUCUACUCUACUAGCUCGCGACUGUUUUCAUUAGCAUAGUAGUGGUAGAGUAGAGUGAGGAACGGUGGUGGGGGAAGGCAAGUGGUAGAGUGUUAUCCCACUCUACUCUACAAAAAACUAGUAAUCUACCAUGAAAGUUUUCAUUGGGAGGGUUCACAAGAUAGUUAGUACUUGCCCAGGGAACUCUACCACUAACUCUACUAAUGAAAAUAAGGCUCUCAUCACUAUUUUUGUGAAACUGCAUCAUAACCAUUGAAAAUUAUAAUAAAUUCAGCAUAAAUGUAAUAAAAAUCAUGAUAAACUCCUAAUUUCCAAGUAGGCUAUAAAUGAAGAAAGAAGAUGAUAUAAAACGCAAUUAAUGCUCCUUGUUUCAAUUUUAAAUUUAUAUUUUUAAAAGUUGAAAGAAUUGUAAAGAAAAUAUCCCGCCCAGCAUUCUGAACAGAGCAUAUCGAAGAUAUUAGACUGAAACUGUAUUGCUAUAUUCAACACAUAACAUAUAUUUGUUGCUAUUUAUAUGUUCUUCAUACUACAUUUCAAUACUAACUUAUUCUAUCAUAAUCAACAUUUACUAAAUUUUAGUUUAUGAACGGUUAAUAACUAUUUGAUAAAGACGUUUACAAUAAAUAAAAUGUGGGUGUGGUACCUUGGUAGUUUUAUAAUAUACAUGUAUAGAAAUGUCCAAAAUUUCUGAUAUACCUAGUUGCAAAACUAGGUCUAGACUAGGUCUAAACUAGUCUAGACUUCAAAAGUGUGUGUGUGUGUGUGUGGGAUAACUGUCAUAUAGUUAGGUCCACGUUAUAAUGGCAGUAUUUGAUUAACAUUGGUGUUGCUAUCCUUGUCUACUAUUCGACAAAACAGAUAGCACUAUCCUUUUCUAGCUCCGCAACGAUGCCAAGUCCGUUUUUAAUAAUGUAGAAAUGUAAUUAAGGCAGACAAAUGGCAACGCUGUUUUUCUAUUCUCUGUCAUUAUAGCGUGGACCUCAAUGUAAUGGUAUUGAUAUUUUUAUGUAACUAGGCUAGUAAAAUAUGUAACUUGAAGUGAAUUGCUGUUAAACAGAUUUGGUUUUGAAAUAAAUCUUUUGAAUGAACGUAAUACUGUUGGAGUGAAGGAUUUUGGAAGAAAAUUGUGAAUUUAAACUGAUAUUUAAUACUUAUUUAAUUUUUAUUUUGAUAUUUAAUUCAACUGAUUACAAAAUAUUGUUGAUUAGAAUGAAUUUCGACUUUUAUUUAGAUUUUUUGACAGAUCGACAAAAUUCAAUUCAAUUCAAUUUUAACCGAUUCAAAAAUAUUUCAUAAAUGACUAAAAUCACUAAUUUGUCAAUUUUUUAGUUCCUAUGAAUAAAAAUAUGAACUGUUCUAAUUUUUUUAGAGUAUGAAUGCAUUCAUCACAUCUAUACUACAAUAAAGCUACAUUUGGACAGUUGUAUAAAUUAGAAUUGGAACCGUUUUGGUCUUAUAAGCCUGUGGCACUUUUCUGUAAGUUGUGUAAUUCUCAAUGAUUAAAUAAAUAAAUAAAGUGAAUAACUGGCUUAUACAACUACGGGGAUAGGAAAGUUAUGUUUGACACAUCAUCACGUCUGAUCUACUGGACUGAUUAAUUUGAAAUUUUGCAUAUUGAUUCUGAAUUAACCGAGGAUGGUUAUAGGCCUAUUUUCAAUUAUUCAAUAUUUCAGUUUGUCAAGUUUUAAAAUGAACCCUUGCGGAGCACGGGUUACCUGCUAGUAUUUAAUAUUAUGUUUCUUUCUCAAAAUUUGGUCAAAUAUUUAGUUCCUAUACUCCAAAUUAAUGCUUCAAUUUAGUACAAUUUGUCAUGAUAUUUUUUCAAUUUUAGAUAUUGGAAAGAUAUUAUCAGAGUUGAAUGAUUUUAUUCAUUGUAACAACUUUUAAUAUCAGACUUUGUGUGCAGGUUGUAGAUCUAGUAUCUCUGAUUUUGUUCUUCCAUUUUUAAAGUCUUUUGUUUUUCCGUUUAAGUACAUUUUUAUUGUUGAUUUCUUAUAAUUUUUUUUUAACUAAUGACGUAUUAGCACACGAUUGAUAUUUCAUAAAAGCACAAAAUACUCUACUCGUUAUUUUUUGAAGUUAUGAAGUUACUGUAUUUUCAGUAUACUUAUAUAUUGCUUAGCUUAUAUUAUUUGUUUCCAAACUAUUGAUUUGCUGUUGUUUAUUUUAUCACUCCACUCAUUAGAAUAUCGACUCGCUUUUCAAACUUGUGCAAUACUUUUUGUAUAUUUUUUUAAUAAUUCGUUGAAUUCUCAAUAAUUUAUUUAGUUAUAAUUCUACAAUUGUUUUUAAUUAUCAAGCUAUGAUUACCGAGGAUAAUGAAGGAAGUUUAAAGAAUCCAAAACUUGUUUUGGUUUGAAACAUGAAAAGUGAAGAUGGGUUUACACCAAAGUUAUUAACAGAAUGUUAAUAACUCAAUCCUUAUAGAUUCUAUUAGAUUGAACGGAACUUGACAAACACAUAUGUUCAUCAUGUGCAUGAUAAGUUAUGUUCAAUCUAAUAGAAUCUAUAAGGAUUAAGUUAUUAACAUUUUGUUAAUAACUUUGGUGUAAACGAAGCUUAAUUGUUUACAUUUAACAUGAAGUAUAAAGUUUGAAGAAUAGUUUAAAGUUUUUAGAAUACUGUAUACUAGCGUUUGUAGAAGUAUACAAAGCUGGACAAAAUGUACACUGGAAAAUGUUUUGUAAGGUUCAGUCAGGAGGAAAAUAUAAAUUAAAACCUAAUUAAUUGAAAGGAUAAAUUAUUUAUCGCAAUAGAUCAGUUUUUUAGAGUAGUCUAGAUUUUGGCCAAUAUAUGGCAAAAAUCUAAAUUACUCUGAGAGGGCCCUGUAUUAUAUUAAUUAAUUAUUUUGAAUGGACUUCUUAUAUUAAUUAUUUUAGCACAGUUUUCAACCCUUAAUAAUUAAUAGUUACCACAAAAUAUUUUCAGCUUAUUUUGUUGUAUAAAUUAGGAAUUUAUUGUUAGUUUCAAAGUUUAUUAUAUAUUGUCUGUUUUAAUUUAUUCAUUAGUUUUUAAUAGAAUAAAAAUAUUUUUCAGUUAAGCCGCGUUACACCAAAGUUAUUAACAAAAUGUUAAUAACUUAAUCCUAAUAGAUUCUAUUAGAUUGAACAUAACCAGGACCUCCUAAAUAGGUCCUAUUUAGGAGGUCCUGACAUAAUUUAUCAUACACAUGAUGAACAUAUAUGUGUUUGUCAAGUUACGUUUGUUAAUCUAAUAGAAUCUAUAAGGAUUAGUUAGUUAUUAACAUUUUGUUGAUAACUUUGGUGUAAACCCACCUUAAGUAUUCUUCGAAUCUUAAACUUAGCUUUGAACACUCGUUAUACCCUUAGCAACCAAAAUUAUCCAAGUAUAAAGCUUGUAAUAUUUUUUGUUGAAAUAUCAUUAUUUAUUAUUAAUUUAGCAUUUAUUUAUUCCUAUCCGAUACAUUCCUAUACAUUUAGGAUAAUCCUUUAUUGUAGUGAUAUUCUUAUAAUUGUUUAGGUAUGAUUCUGUUUAUUUGAGAUGAAGUUUUUAAUUUUCUGUGAUUUGUAGAUUAUUAACAAUUCUUACUUAAUCACUGGUAGAAGUGUAUUAAAAUGUAUUUCUCGAUAGAAUUGAUUGAAAUGGAUAAAUUUAUUUAUUGUAAAUUUAGUGUAGAUCACUCCACUUCAGAAUUUAAACUAUUCUGUAAAAUAGUAACUAUGUGUAAUAUAAAGUCUCUUCUGUAAAUUCUUAGGUAGUGGAUUAAAUUACAUUUUUAUUCUAUUUCUUGUACUUCUUGUAUAUAUUUUGAGUAUAAUGUUAGAGUAAGCUAUAACUCAUGUUACUGUGUUGAUAUAUCAGUACAAAUAAUAAUGUAUUUAUAUAAUUUUGAACUGAGGUUAUACUAUUUUGUUACUGUUUUAUUUGAUCAGUACUAAAGUAUUAAAUCUUCUCAGAUUUGUUUAUUUAUAUUUAUUUUCUGGUUGUAAUAUUUUCUAAUAUCUAAGCAUAUACUUAUAUGCUUUUGUCUGAGAUUGCAUAUAAAUGGAAUAUGAUUAAAAAAAUAUUUUUGUUGAAUUAAUAUAUUAAAGUUUGAUUUUUAUGUA